UGUUGCUUGCGGAUUAACUAACCACCUCAUUAUCGCUACAAGUUAAAAAGGAGUGAAAAACGAACGUAAAGAGUUAACUUCAACGGAGCUGCAACAACAGAGAAAAGCGACAAAAGUGCUGGCCAGACAGAGAAAGAAAGUUAAAAGCGCGCGCCUCUAUUCUCAUCGAUCAGUGUUUCUUCGAGAGUGAGUGAAAGAGAUCGAGGAGAGGAGAGUACGCGUUGUGAGUCAAGAUGGCCGAUUUGGACGCAGUGAAUCUCGGGCUGGAUGAGACAGAACGGGACAUCGCGGAGGCGUUGGAAAACUCGUACGAUACUCGUUCGGAAGCAUCGGAAAAUCCCAGCAUUAGUUCCGUCAGCUCCGCCGAAUCGGAAUCGGACAGCGAUGCGAACGAAGCUAAAGGAAAGAAAACGGAGCAGACUGUCGUAGCGACGAAAGCAGCCGGAACGAGGACUGUCAGAAAGGGGAAGCUAAAGAAGGGUAACAAGAAAUCAAAACCCGAGGCACCUGGUAAUGGCUCUAGUACCACGAAAACAACUACUACUGCUGGAACGACUGGCAAAAAAAGAGCAGCCGCAGAGGAUGACGACGAUGCUGCUGAAGGAGAGGACAAUGAUGAAGAUGACGCCGAGGAGGACAAGGCUAAAAAUGCUGACGAAGAGUUGGACAAUGAUGAUGAUGAUGAUGAUGAUGAGGAGGAGGAGGAUGAUGACGACGUCACGACGGACGACGACGAAGACAGGAUGUGCCGAAAUAAGCGUGUAAAGAAAACAAAGAAAAAGACCCCGUUGGCGACGGCCACAGUGAAGACCGCAGAUAGUAAAAGAAAAGGCGCAGUCACCAACAACAAAGGAGUGAAGCAGCGCCAACAGGCCCCUCCUGCUAAGAAGAAGAAAACUCCCGGCGAGAAGGAUGUCGCCAAGCCGAUAACAACUGAAGGUCGUGUGAUAUUAGAGAAAAACAAGAAAAAACAAGUAAAAAGUAUCACGAAGGAGCGAAAAAAGGGAACGAUCGAAGCGGGGAAGGGAAAAGAGGAUAAAGUAGUGUCUGCUGCUGGUAAAGCUGAUGCUGACAACGGAAACGGAUCCACCGAGGCUCCGACUAACGAUUGUACCGUUGCCACUACCACCACCAACAACAACAAUAACAAUAACAACACUACUGCGAGUAGCACUAGCAGCAGCGACAACAGUAGCAGUGACAGUAGCAGCGAAGGUGAAGGUGGCGAUAAAAAGGAAGACGAAGAAGAUGAGGAAGACGAGGAGGAAGAGGAAGACGAUGACGGGAACGAGGACGAAGAAAAGUCGCGCAGUCGCAUGUCGGAAGUGAGCGGAACGAAACGAAGUCGUACAAAAGGUACGCCGAGCAAUAACAGCGGCGCAACGACGGGUAAAAACUCCGUCAAAUCUUACGACUACGUGACAAAGAUCAAUUACCUGUUCCGUGAAACACGCUUCUUUUUGAUAAAGUCCAACAACCACGACAAUGUGGCACUAUCAAAAGCAAAGGGUGUGUGGUCGACGCUUCCGCCGAAUGAAGCGAACCUGAACCAGGCGUUUCACGAAAGUCGCAACGUUAUUUUGCUAUUCUCAGUGAAGGAGAGUGGCAAGUUUGCUGGUUUCGCACGGAUGGCGGCCGAAGCCCGCCGUGAUUUACCGGCCGUCGACUGGGUUUUACCGCCAGGCAUGUCCUCCAAAGCGCUGGGCGGUGUGAUCAAAAUCGACUGGGUAUGCAAGCGAGACCUACCGUUCACGAGCACGACGCACCUUUACAAUGCCUGGAACGAUGACAAACCCGUAAAAAUCGGGCGUGAUGGACAGGAAAUUGAACCGAAGGUGGCCGAGGAGCUGUGUCGUUUAUUUCCGGAGGACACGGGCAUCGAGAUGACACCGAUUUUAAAAAAAUCGAAAGAGGCAUCAAAACUGAUGAAGGAGAAAGCGGCCUCAAAAUCGUUCCGGCGACCGCCAAAUUUUUCUCGUCCGACUUCCACGGCCACGUUGCGUGCUCGCACGAUCGGUGGUCUAGGGGGAGGAGGGUGUGGCAUUGGCCCGAUGCGUCGCGGUGGAAGGCGGAUGUAUCCUGGGAUAAAAGGUAGCAACGGAGGCAGUGGUGGUUUAAUGUUUGCUCCGUACCGUAAGGACCGUCAUCACCAGGGUGGCAGUAGGUACGGCAGUGGUCCGGGCAGAAUGAGUGGCAUGGUUGGCAGCGGCGGAGGUGAUAUGGUUGGUGAUCGUGGCGGCGGUGGAGGGGGUGGUAUUUCGCGCGAUUCCCUCGGACGUAUGCAUCAUCCGCCCCUUCGCUGGGACGGAUACAGUUCAACGGCAGCGGCGGAGGCAUACGUGGCCGAUUACAUGCGUAACAUGCAGAACCAACUUCCGCCCAUGCCGUACGCUCCGCCACCAGGCUUUCCUGGCAUGCCCAUGCCGUACGAAGGAUUACCGCCACCACCUCGUUACUACGAGGGUCUUCCGAUACCGGAGUAUCCCAUGGCGCCCGGGUCUAUUCCAGGUAGUGUUACGGGAGCGUCGAUGUCGGGGGUUGCAGGACGCCAUGCAGCAGCAGCUGCCGCCGCAGCAGCCGCUAUGUACGACAAGCGCGCGUAUGAACAGUCGAUGGAGGAAUUUAUGUGGAAAUCGGCCAACUUGGGUGCCGGUAGUGUGGGUGGUGGUAGCAGCGGAGGAGGUGGUGGCGGCAGUAUUGGAAGCGGUGGCGGCGGUAACGGUGGGACGGGUGGGAGUAGUGGAGGCCUCGGCAGUGUGGUGGGUGGGUUGAUGGGAGGUGGUAUUUCGACCAUGAAGGGACCUCCGCCUCCUCUUCCCAACCAUGGUUACCACGUACCGCCUCCGGCCAUUCCACCCAUGCACCAUAUGCAUCGAAAGAACGAUCGAGGAGACUCAUCGAUGGAUCGUGGACAGCAACGCGAUCAUCGCGAGCGGUCAAAUCAUCGCAGCGAUCGGCAUCAACCGCAGCGCGGAGGUACAGGAGGCGGUGUACGAGGAUACAACAAUCGAGAUAGGCGAUGAUUUGCAGCUUCGCGAACGUUCCAGUAUUUCUCAUCCGAACGCCGUAAAUAUUAGGAGGACAGAGCUUAAGCAUGCAGAUAUUCGAGAUUGGCACAGCGGCGAAGUCGUAAGAUAGCAACGUUCCGCUGUGGAUGAUGAUUGCCAAAAAUACCGUCAUCUAUCUAAUGAGGAAGAACAGUGGGCAGCGAUCGUCUGCUUUCCCUCCACGAUCAAUCGUUACACUCCUGCCGGUCUCGUAGCAUCGAACUCGAUUGAUCUUCUAACCCUACUACAAAACACCAUCAAAGCAAUCAUCAUUGAGGAGACGUUUGUGUUCUAUUUUUAGCAGUAAAACCAGCCAUGGAUCACCCACGUUUGAACAUGAACCAGUCUCGCUGUACAUCAUUUGAUGAGUACAUCUGCAAGAAUAUUAAUUUUAUCUGCAUGCUGUACUGCGGUACUGUUCACGGCAACACAUGGCCGAUUCCGAUGGCACAGUGUAGAGGCGAAUGACUUUGUUGGUGGGCUCCUUUGUUCUACCAGCAAACAUCGAUUGACCAAGAAAGUGCAAUUCGUGCCGUUAUAUCCGACCCCAGGUGAAUCCAGUGAAGACCGCGAUAAAAACGGAUGAAGUUAGCGGCUUGUGCUUUGAUUAUUGGUCCCGAAUGUGCGCGAGUGUCGGAUGUGUGGCACGUGUUAUCGAAACAGUGUUCGGUCGAGUGUUUGAGAGAAGUGUUUACAGUUCGAAGCUCUUUUUUAGUGCUUGGCUAUCGUGACCGGGGUCCUCCGCGAAGAAGCAACGAGCAGCAGGUGGUUGUAUUCAUUGAUCUCAGAGACGAGAGUUUGUGGUAGUGAUGAAGAGCACGUAACGCGUGGGAACGGCACGAGGGCACGAGCAUUUCGGACGAAAGCCGGUUUGAGUGUUUCGAAGUAUUUUGCAAAAGAGAGUAUAAAUGGUGAACCUUUUUAUGAACUUACCUGUACAAGAACGACAGCAAUAUGGAAAAAGUAGUACCCGGAGCGCGGGCUUCAACAUACUGUUGAAAUGUUCACCUUCACCGAUUCAAGCGAAAGCAGUAAAUGCGAUCCAGUUCUUUUCGAUAAUUGAUAAAAAAAACUUUCCGUUCGCUAUGUUCCGAAAACGAGACGAAUACAGCAAGAACAGAUGUAAAGGAAAUACAAGUGUGUUUUGCAAAAGAAACAAGCGAAAUUCAGAUGAUCCCCUCAACAUCAAACAGAAAUGGACUACAGGCCUAUGCCAAGCAGAAUGCAACAUGUCAUGUUUAGCAGCAGCAAAUCACUAGCAGCAUAGCUAAAUUACACGCGCAGUAGGCGACCUCAACUGGAAUUAGCAAAUUGGUAGCCCGCCGCUCCUCCGUAUAUCGCUACCGCGGAAAUAAUUGUAGGAUAUAAUUACAUUAAAAAGUACUUUUUACAGUGCUCUCGAUUACUGAUGGUUUCAGUAAAGCGCAAUUGGACACUGGACGAUAGCGAUUGUGAUAGUUUCAUGGUGAAGGAAGGAAAUUGGCAUUGGUUGGCUGUACACACAGCAGCAACUGGAAAAAUAGAAGAAAGUGUUUCGAAUGCUGGUUCGGCAUGGCUCGGCAUGUCGACUCUUUUUCUGUGGUGUGCGCAAGGAGUGGUAUUUUUUAAGUGUGUGUGUGUAUUAUGUGUAAUUUUUAGGGUUUGAAUAGCGAACUUUUUAGUUAGCACUGAGCAGAAAAAAGUGCGCCAGAGCAAACGAAAUGAUGACAGGCAUACGGAUGGCAGAAGUAGGGAAACAACUGCCGCGAGCAAACAAAAAGGGAUCACAAAGUGAAAUGUUUUGAAUGCGUCGAGUUUAGGAAUCUAUUAGGCACAUUGUAAGAAUACCGUCGCUGAGCUCUUAAGGCACAACUCCAUCAUGUAAACGUGUAUGAAAAUCGAAAAAGGAACCACGUUACCAAACUGCAGUAACAUUGUAGGAAAAUGCGUGCCCUGCUGCGAAUGAAAUGUGUGUGCGUUUAUGCCUAAAAAAAUAAGAACACUAUGGCCAGUUAGCCGGUAACAACAACUACCCUAUGAUACACCGAAUAAAUGUAUUCAAUAAAGUUUGA